GUGCGGUAAAGAAUAAGAAGGGCGCGGCCGGGACAUAAGCCACGCCUUUCGUUUCCGGUUUCUGACGCACAGUGGUGACGUCAUUUCUGCGCCGCUUCCGGCGCCGCCGCCAUUCCUGUCUCCGGACCGGCCCGGCCCCACCGGAACCGCCCGCGGGGUCGGGCCCGGAUCCGCCAUGGCUGAGGACUACCGGGACCGGGAGAGGCGCUGAGGCGGGUCGCGCCAUGGACCGGAUGAAGAAGAUCAAGCGGCAGCUUUCCAUGACGCUGAGGGGGGGGCGCGGCCCCGAAAAGAGUCUGGGGGAAACCCGAGACGGCCCCAAUAGCGACAGCGAAGCGGGGCCGGAUGAGGGGCGGAUGGGGUCGGAUGGGGAAAGUGACCCCCCCUCGGGGACGUCCUCGGAUGAGGUGGCCUCACCGGUCAGGGUGCGACUGAGGCAGCACCCAAGGGUGCCCAGUGAGGACAUCAACAAGCGGCUCUCGCUGCCGGCCGACAUCCGGCUCCCCGAGGGCUGCCUGCAGCGCCUGGUGCUGCCGUCCCCGCUCAGCCGCCGCCUGCGCCGCGUCUCGCUGUCGGAGAUCGGCUUUGGCAAACUGGAGACGUACGUCAAACUGGACAAACUGGGAGAGGGCACCUACGCCACCGUGUACAAGGGCCGUUCCAAGCUGACCGAGAACCUGGUGGCCCUCAAGGAGAUUCGCCUGGAGCACGAGGAGGGGGCGCCUUGCACGGCCAUCCGCGAGGUGUCGCUGCUGAAGGACCUGAAGCACGCCAACGUCGUGACAUUGCACGACAUCAUUCACACGCAGAGCUGCCUCACGCUCGUCUUCGAGUACCUGGACCGGGAUCUGAAGCAGUACCUGGACGACUGCGGCAGCCUCAUCAACAUGCACAACGUCAAGCUGUUCCUGUUCCAGCUGCUGCGGGGUUUGGCCUUUUGUCACCGCCACAAAGUGCUGCACCGGGACCUGAAACCCCAAAACCUCCUCCUGAGCCGGCGAGGGGAGCUGAAGCUGGCCGACUUCGGCCUGGCUCGCGCCAAGUCCAUCCCCAGCAAGACGUUCUCCAGCGAGGUGGUGACGCUGUGGUACCGCCCGCCCGACAUCCUGCUCGGCUCCACCGACUACUCCACGCACAUCGACAUGUGGGGCGUGGGCUGCAUCUUCUCAGAGAUGGUGACGGGGCGGCCGCUGUUCCCCGGAGCCACGGCGGAGGAGCAGCUGCACUUCAUCUUCCGCCUCCUGGGGACCCCAACGGAGGAGUCGUGGCCCGGGGAUCAACGCCAACCCCCCGAGUUCCGCUCCCAUCGAUUCCCCCUUUAUCGCCCCGAGGGGCUGCGGCGGCACGCACCAAGGUUGGAUCACGAAGGUGCUGAUCUGCUGGGAAAGCUGCUGCAGUUUGAGGGGCGCCGGCGCGUGCCGGCAAUGGAGGCGAUGGAGCACCCAUUCUUUGCCUGCCUGGGGCCGCGGGUCUGCGCCCUGCCUGACACCACCUCCAUCUUUGCCCUGAAGGAAAUCCAGCUGCAGAAGGAGACGGGGCUGCGCUCUGCCAUCCCUGCCCGACCCCGGUGCCACAGCCUUUCGGGUCCACGACUCUGAGUUCUGAUGCAGGCAGCCCCCCGGGUGCCGCUGUCCCCCCCCCCCCUGUGACACGGACACAAAUCUCUUCCACCUCCCCGAAAAAAAAUAAUAAUAAUAUUUUUUGGGGUUCCCCCCCCCCUUUAGGAACUGUGAGAU